GGCGCGGGGGGAUGGCGUGGCCGCCAUGGCGCUGCUGGGCCGCUUGGGAGCCCUCCUGCAGCGGGCCGUGGAGGCGGAGGAGCCGCGCCUCGACCUCCCGGCCGCCUUCACGGAGCACUGGAAGGGCGUCACCCAGUAUUACCUGGAGGCCUCCGACGAAAGGAAGCCGGCCAAGCAGACGGACAUUCCCUGGCGCUUGAAGCAGAUGCUGGACAUCCUGGUCUACGAGGAGAAGCAGCAGCUGGAAGGGGAGACGGGCCCCUGCCUGGAGUACUUGCUGCAGCACAAGAUCCUGGAGACGCUCAGCACGCUGGGGAAGGCGGAGUAUCCUCCGGGAAUGAGGUCCCAGGUGCUUCUCUUUUUCAGUCGCCUGCUGGGGCAGAUGCAGAGUCCUCUCAUGCAUUACUUCAAUGUUUACCGGCCUGUUCAGAAACUUAUUCAGCUUCAGGGUGAUGCUUUGGGCCCUGAGCCCGAGAAGGAAAUGCUACAGUUUAUUGCUGUUCUGUGUACCAAAGUCAGUCAAGAACCUGCUCUACUGCCAUAUGUCCUAGAGGGCCGGGAUGUUGGUUCGCUGGGAUUGGCAGCUAAGCCAAGCACGAGCUCUGGCCAGUCCCUGCCCUCUUCUGGAGACCAGGGCAGAGGGCUGAGUCCAGAGAAACCACUCGGAAGGGACUCGGCUGCUUCCGUGCUGAAUUUGGUGACUUCUCUAAUUGGCUUAUGUCAGAGCAAGAACCAGAAGGUUGGGCUAAAAGCCCGAGAGAAUCUGCUGCUCCUUACCAGUGUGGACCAUCCAACCGCUGCCCAGGCUUUGGCCCAAGACAGCCUGCUGUGCCUUCUGCUAUCCGACCAUCUCUGCUCCCUGUACGAUGCCAUCCCUGGUACCAUCAACCCUGCGGAUAUUGCUACGUUUCCACCCGUCCAGUGGAGGCUUCAGAGCGACACCUCGGCGGAGGAGAGCUCCUUCCCAGGAAAGCCCAGCCUGGAGGCUUUCUUUGGCUGGCUGGAUUUUUGUGACUGUCUCUUGAAACAGGCUCAUCCCGUUAUCAGAGACGCCCUGAGCACGACUCUGGGACGGAGGCUCUUCCUGGAAACCUUGCGGCCUCAACUCUUGCAAGCGUCGGACUCUGGGAUUCUCUUUUCAGUCGCCAUCCUGACAGGCCUGGUGAGAGGGAUCCGUGCUCCUGCCCUCCUGCAGCAGCUGGUUGGGUUUCUGCUGGGAGCAGGAAUGGAUCCCGGCGGCCCCAGCGCUUCAGCCGGCCGGCAACAGAGCCUCUGCUCCCAGCUGAUUGAGAACUGCAGCCACCUGUCUGAUGAGGUCAGCGUGGCCACGCUGCGGUUGUUUGAGGCGCUGGUUUGGCUCCCUGACCAGCGCAUCUUGCAGAGCCUGGUGCUGCGCCAUCUGGAGGAGCGCAGCUAUGCCCUGAGAAGCCCCCAGGAGGACCCUGCCGUCCCGGAGCAAGAGUUUUGUGAAGAGGGGCUGGAGCUGGAGGAAGAUCCUUACUUUGCAGAUGGACUCGCAGAAGCUGUGCUCCAGAGGCCAAGCAGAGCAGCCCCUCCUCUGGCUCCAGAGGAAGGGCCUGGCCGGCCAGAGGGGCCUGUGGAUGUGAAGGAGGCGGUCAGCAGCUUCCUUUGCCUGGUACCCAGUGAAGUGAAGACCUCCCCGUAUCUGGAGGAGGCAGGAUAUGACACUUACGUCCAUGAUGCUGAAGUACUGUUUCAAGAAUGCUGUGCGAAAGUUGCGCACUGGACAUGGCCCCAGGUCCAGCCGCCCCAGAAGACCAGCCCCACGGGACCCCAGUUUUACGAGGGCCGUUUCCUGCAGGUGCUCUUGGAUCGGCUGGCCCAGAUCUUACACCAGCCCUACGCAGUGAACCUGCAGGUGACGUCGAUGCUCUCUCGCUUGGCCCUCUUCCCUCACCCUCACCUCCACGAGUACCUCCUGGACCCCUACCUCCCAUUGGCCCCUGGCUGCAGGACCCUCUUCUCAGUGCUGAUUAGGGUGAUUGGCAGCCUGAUGCACACGGCUCAUCGGAUCCCAGACUUCUCCGCCAACUUGCUGCUGGUCCGGAGGAAGCUGACAGGGCUGGCGUCAGAGGAGCACCCGAUCAGCCACCAGAUGCUCUUGGAGGGGGUGAUUGUGCUGGAGGAAUUUUGCAAAGAGCUGGCCGCCAUCGUCUUCGUCAAGUCUGCCCUCCAGGGGCCUCCCGGGCAGAGCCAGCCACGCCCCCCUUCGCCCAGCUGAAAGCUCCCCAUGGGCUCCCUGCCUCUUCCCGGAGGCCUUCGGCGGUUGAGGGCAGCACCGUUGCUGACUUCCUGGGGGGAGAGAAAAGCAGCCGCUGGUUCUUGGCAUAAAAGUGGCUCCACAUAAGGAGAGACGGUUGGGAUGAGAAGCGGCGGGUUGCUUCGUCAGCUCCCGCACAGUGUCCUCACCGGCCUUCCUGGAUUAGGCUGGGACUUCGCUGCCGGCCUUCUGGUGCUUUGGCCAGCUCCGGCCUUGUCCUCUUUCCAGAGGUCGUCUUGGCAUCUUCCUCGAGAACAGAGAGCUCCAGAUAAAACCUCUGGGUUUGACGUCUUCUA